UAUAAAUCUUUUCAUAUUUACUUUUUUUUCAGCCUUCAGUGCGUAAAACACACUGCAAUGGGAGAAAGCAUCGGGAUAAUGUAAAGUUUUAUUAUCAGAAAUGGAUGGAGGACCAAGCUCAAUAUUUAAUUGAUGCUACAACUGCUGCAUUCAAAGCAGGGAAGAUUCAAUCUGCACAGUUUCCCAAUGUAGGGAAGCCUGCUGGGGUAAUGAUUCCACCACCUGCAGGUCUUCAAGGACCAAGACCGGUUGCCCCUGGACAACGCAUGCCGGUCAUGGGUCCACCUCCAAUGGGACCUAUGCCCACACCAAUGGGAGGUCCAAUGCCCGUAAUGGGAGCUCCUGGUCCUCACAAUAUGAUGAUGCCUGACUUUGGACUAGUGUUAAUGCAAUAGGAAAUUUGGAGGUAUUUUAAUAGGGUAUGAGGCCACCUGUUGGAAUUGCCUCUGUGAUGCCUGUUGGGCCAAUGGCAGGACCCACAAUGAGAGCUCCUUUAAUGAUUCCACCUUAGAAUGUUGUACAGAUGUAACAUAUGAAUGUCUUUUUAAUACAUUUAUCGCUCAUAUAUAUUUUAUCAUACUCAUUGCAACAAUCAUUCUAUGAUUUUUUUUUGUUUUGUUUGAUAAGAAAAAAUAAGUGUAUGACGGAAGAAUAAAGGUCUUGAUGCUUUUUCAGUAUGA